AUAAUCCCCAUACCAAACAAAAUUUGCAGAUAUACAAAACAAGCUUUUCAUUGCUGAAAUCAUUGGUUACCCAAAUGCAGGUUUCCUCUAAACUUCAACCCCCGAGAGUUUUAAAACAUUAGUCAUGCCCCCCCCCCCACGAACUCUCCAUGAUUGUUUACUGCCAUACAUGUCUUUGUCACUAAAACCAUUAUCUCCUUCUAACAACCUUGACCACGCUUAAGCUAUCACCAUUAUCAUUAUUUUCUUUUUGGAGAAACAAAAAAAUCAAUGUCAAACUCUGAAUCUGAAGUUAUUUCGUCUCCAUCUUCUUGUGAUUUCGUUGAGGCAUCUCCAGUUAAGGUUCAAGUGGUUUCUAAAUCUGUAUCCGACCGCCUUCUUGACAAGUUCUUUGAUGUGUCUGAGUUCAACUUCGAUUAUUCCAAGAGUGGACUCUGGUCUCCCCCUGUUCCAAGAAGUGCUUUUUUAAGCUCCCCUGGGACAAUAUUCAAUGAACAAGAAAUGCUCCAAAGGCUCAAAAUUGUCAUGGAAAGACGUCGUCGUACCAGAAGAUUCAAUGUAUUUUGCUGUUCUUGAAAGAACUGCAGGAACAUUGGAAAGGCAAAAACAGAGAAUUUAUGUAAAUUUUACUAAUUUUUUUGGAGAAAUAUAUAGUGAAUAGUAUACAUUUGCUAA